AUGGUACUGUAUAGCAGUGUGGAUUUGGAUACAUCUUCCAUUCCCUAUCACGGCCCCAAAAUAGGCCAUAUUGCCACAUCGGGCUCGGAGAUACGGAAUAUAUAUUGUAAAGUGUGCAGAGCUUGCGAACUUAUGGCGUCAAUUCCACCGUCUGCUUUCUCUGCUGCCCGAAUUAGGGAAACACAACGUGAUAUGAAGGUAUCAAACAUUAAGAAAGGCGGGGGGGAACCUACUAAGUUCUACCAUACAAAAUUGAUGGAACUCACACCCCUGAAGUACAACAGCAAGUUGAUGAACAGUAUCUGGGGAUUUUACAACCGCUACUCACCCCAUAAUGUUAAGAAAAUUAACGAUGCUUCAACUUUCAAUGGGGAAUUGCAGCAAUCUGCUGGCAAUUCCACAAACAAAAACGAUGCAAUGCUUUCAUUGCCAACUAAGCUAGACAAUGUAUGGGCCACAAUUUCCCAGUAA